AUGGGCCGCGACUCGAGCCGCGGCGCGGCGAAUGCGCUUGGCGUGCACGUAGACGAGCAUGCCGCAGAAGCGGACACGAAGCACGCACAGAGUGGCACCAAGGACUCCGACAAGGUACACGAAGACGAGUGGGAGGACGAAGAAGAAACCUCGCUGACGACAGCGUCGGAGCAUUUGACGCAGCCAUUCGACGACGCCGAGACCCCUGUGCUUGAGGACAGCAUUAAUAUUUUGUUACGAGAGCGUGAAGGGAUGUCGACACCACUUGCGUCGCAGAUGUACACGUGUGACAAAGAACGCGAGGAGCCGAGUCCUCCGACGCCCGUCGUCCAGCAGCCGCCGCCGCCUGCGCCGACGUCGAAACUACGCAACACCAUGUACGCCGUGUUGGUUGUGCUUGGUGUGCGCGCACCUCCAGACUACGACCAUGAAAAGGUGCAUCUGCGCUCGGGCGUACGGCCUUUUGCGCUGCAUACACCGCGUGCAGCUGUGCUUUCGAGUCUGUGGGACCAUUUGUGUGACGAGGUGCUCGUGAACAGCCGGGACAAUACCCAGGAGCUCAAGUGGGAGCGUGUCGCCAACUUUAUGGCGGUUCCGGUAUGGGUGGAAAAGACGGUGCUAUUUGGCUUUUUGAUAUGUCUCAACUCGUUCCUGUACACAUUCACCAUCCUCCCACUGCGGUUCCUAUUUGCAUGGUGGCGUUGGGCGUACAACGGCAUGGUAUGGCUCGUGGCGGGCGAGAAACGGUACCUGAAUGUGUCGCACAAGUGCGAUAUGCUCAAAGGCCUUUUGAUCAUCCAGGCCUGCUUCGUCAUGUCGCGCGUCGCAGACGCCAGCAAGAUGUACCACAGCGUGCGUGGGCAAGACGUGGUAAAAUUGUCGGUGAUUUUCAGCGUGCUCGAGAUCGCUGAUCGCCUCUGUUGCGGUUUUGGGCAGGACGUGCUUGACUCGCUGUUUGCACGACGCACACUGGCGCGCCGUGCGGAUGGAACGCAGCCCUACUUGCGCUUGGUCGUAUACUAUGUCUUGUGUCUUGCCUACAUUGUAUUCCAUGCAUUUGUACUGCUCUACCAGCUGGUCACGUUAAAUGUCGCGAUCAAUAGCUACGACAAUGCAUUGCUCACGCUGCUCCUCUCGAACCAGUUUAUGGAGAUCAAGACGACGGUGUUUAAGCGAUUCGAGAAGGAAAUUUUAUUUCAAAUCACCUGCGCCGACAUUGUCGAACGGUUCCAGCUCAGCAUGAUUCUCACCGCCAUUGGGAUCCGUAAUUUGAUCGAAGUUUCGGGGUCACAGAUCACGUCCGGAACGAGCUCGCUGGGGCCGCUGCCUACUAGCUUCGAUGUAUACCCUUACCUCAAUAUACUCACGCGCACACUCAAUCCUGUCCUCACUGUACUACUCAGCGAAAUGCUGGUGGACUGGCUAAAGCAUGCAUUCAUCACCAAGCUCAACCAUAUUCGGCCCGCCAUCUACGGGCGCUUUAUCGAUGUCUUGUGUCGCGAUUUGCUUCCCCAGCGCUCAGGAGCUGCGGCAAAAAUGGACGGGGAUCACCGGCGCCAAUCCUCGUUUGUGGACCAAAGCCCUGUUGUGACGCGGCGCUUGGGCUUGGCCGUGCUACCAUUGGCGUGCGUGCUUAUCCGCAUGGCAUCACAAAUUGCAGACAUGCUUGCGCAGACCCGCGCAUUGGGCGACGUCGAUGCUAUACCUGCUGCAACAGCCACAGUGACUCUUACGCAGCACAUCGAGCACGUUCUAUCGUACGCCAUGUGGAUCCUGAUCGGGCUCGUUGCGUGGGUGUUUUUGGUGAUUGUCAAAAUUUUGCUUGGGGUGAAUCUGGUCCAGUUUGCGACACAUCGCUACGCGACGCGCGGCGAGCGCGAAUUGGAAGAGGCGCGCAAUGCACGGGGAAGACCACCGAUUGGCGAGACGGCGAUGGAAACUGCAUUGCAGCAUCAGAUCAAGAGUAUGGUCGAUAAGCGUGAGGACAAUGCGACGACCGUCGGGCUGUAUGGCCAGCAGAGUACACCGGCGCAUGGGAAGGAGACGUCGCUCUUGGACGUUAAUCGGUAUACCCUGGUAGGUUCGCGACUUUGGUAG